ACAAAUUAAGAACUCUCAGAUCAGUUACUUAACUGUGUAGGCGCACCCCUAUCAACUGCUCAUCUGGAUAUUCAAAAACAUGCACACACUCAAUGGUCCAACUUAUGCAUACAAAUGCGCGUUCUCUCUUGUCUUYCGUAGCAUCUUUCUAAAUUUGAAAAAUUUUCAUAAGCAGCGUUCAUUCAAAUUAAUUUUCAAAAUAUUGAAUCAGUGUGAGCGGGUCGCUCAGACGGAAACCACACACAAUUCGUAAAAAUUAAGCGUUUUUGAUUGGUGAAAAGUAAAAGUGAUGCAAAAUUAAACAAACAUAUAAUAUACAUACAAACAUAAUUUGGUAUUAAAAUAUGUUUUGUUUUUUCCAAAAUAAGAUGAAUUAUUGUGCUAUAUCUUAAAACUGUGUAGUGAAGUCAGCAGCAAAGAACACUACACAAAUAUACAGAUUAAUACGAAAUACUAUUUGCAUCACAAGAGUCRCGAGUUUCUGAGACGGCUCACUUGUGUAGUAAUAUGUUUCGUGUCUCGCAGGAGAUUCGGUUGAAURCAAGCAGCAGCGCUGAAGUGACACGCUACUGCAACACCACAAAUGCCGACAGUGAAAAUGAUUGUAUUUUUGGAAAAUACCAAAGAACCCCAGACGCGGAUGCAUAUCCCACAGAAAAUCCGCUCGUCUUAGUUGCACCCGAAUUAACUGACCCCAGCAAAGUUCAACUACUUCACUUCCCGAAUGGCGCAAUGCGUGUAAAUUCAGAAGUGGAUUUCAUAAUCAAACGCAAUGGUGUGAAGGGAAAUUUCGAAGUCAAGGCUGAAAGCCCCUCCGGCAUGACCGYUAUCACACCUCUACAACUUAUUGAUCCGGAACGUUUAAGAGCGRGCUUUCAACUGAAAGAGGCAGGUCUCUAUAAAAUACACAUCAAAUGCAAUUCCGUGCCAUUACCCAAAUCGCCAUUCAUUAUAGUCUCCAUUUGCGGUGAGCCCGAGAGCAAUGUACGCAAAAUGGAAUUGCCCGUAUUCAAAUCAGACGCCAGUUGUGUGACCUAUCGCGGACUUGGUYUAACACACAUUUCGCUUGAAGAGAAGAACGAGUUCACCGUUGAUGGUUCGGCCGCGGGCAACAACAUGCUAUUUGUUGGCAUAUUCGGACCAAAAGGACAAUGCGAUGAGGUUGUCAUCAAGCAUACCGGAAAUAAUGUUUACAAAAUUACAUAUGAGGUGCGUGAUCCGGGCGAUUAUUUGCUAGUAGCCAAGUGGGGUGAAGAGCAUAUACCGGGUUCGCCAUUCCAGUUGAAUGCCAUAUAAAGUUGAAGGAGAAAAAAAUCCAGUCGUACUUAAUUUAAUUAUAAUUAUUGUUAGAGUAUUUAAAACCUUUAAAAAUAGAAUUAGCAAAU